CAGUACUUUGUGAGUUCAUGUGUAAUGAGAGUUACUGCUGCUCCAACACGUUCACUUUCGUUUUCGCCUCAAAGUGAAAGUAAACUUCAGCGUCUGAGUCUCAGAGCUGCGUUUUCAUCGAUGAGCCCUGAAACCGACGAUAAAUCCAUUAAACCUGAGGUGAAAGAAAUGGUUGAGCGACCUAACCAUCGCAAUAACAGUUCCCAGAUGAGAGAGGCCCUUCAACAAGGUGACCACAGAGAGGAACAUAAACAUGGUCUGGGCAGGAAGGACAGCUCAGGUGAGGUCAGAUGCUCCUGCUCCUGCCCCUGCCCCCACUGCUGCCUCUCCCCAGGUAGAACAGGAGAUAGACAUGGCAGAAGUGGAUCAGGAGACUGGGAUGACAAAGGUAGAUCAGGAGAAAGGGAUGACAAAGGUAGAUCAGGAGAAAGGGAUGACAAAGGUAGACCAAGAGACUGGAGUGAACAGAGGGACCAGGGCUCGUUGUCCUGCUGUGAGCUGGACCAUCUGAAGCGACUUCCACAGUGCCACAGCCGGCUGAAUGAGCUGAAGGUCGGCGGGACGCACACUGUCCUCAUAGAUGUGACUUAUUUCAAACAGGCUGGAGGACUAAUACCCUACGAAGGGAGAGACAUAUGGCACAGUAACUAUGUGAAGAUGCCAUAUUCAUCAGCGAACGAUAUGACCGUCAAGACUGGACUCCUAAAGCAAAGCUCUCAGACACAAAGGUGGGACGUGAUCUCCAAGCACCUGAAAGCUCUGUCCAGUAAGAAAGAAGCGAACGUUGAUGAUGUGGAGGAAGUGAUCAUGAAAUAUAACCCGAAGUAUAAAGAUCAGUGGAAGUUUGAUGCCCUCUCUGCGUCUGUUAUGCGUACCCCAAAAGAAGAAAACUACUUCUUCACACUGUUUCCAAAGAUCGCUAAGUUGGCUUUAAAGCUGCCAAAUGAAGUGAAGAAGGCCAUCCCGCUGCUUCGAAAGGGACACACUGCAGCCAUCACUCUGUCACAAGUUCAGAUAUCCUGCCUGCUCGCCAACGCAUUUUUCUGCACAUUCCCUCAUCGCAAUGCAUCCGGGGCCAAAACGGAGUACCACAGCUACCCCUCCAUUAACUUCACCAGUCUGUUUGGAAACUGGUCAGAACGGAAGCAAGAAAAGCUGAGGGCCAUCAUGCAUUACUUUAAUGUGGUUACAGAUGAGAAGACGAAACCAAAAGGACUGGUGACAUUCGAGAGGCGUUGCAUGAGUGCCGCAGACUUUCCCAACUGGAGAAGCUCUGUGGAGAUGCUGCAGAAACUGCACGUCACAUCAAAGGGCAGAAUCGAGACUGACGGUGAAGGGAUGCUCCAGGUGGAUUUUGCUUGCAGUUAUAUUGGCGGAGGUGUGCUGAGCUCUGGUCUGGUGCAGGAAGAAAUCCUGUUCCUUAUGAAUCCAGAGCUGAUCGUUUCCCGCCUUUUCACAGAGAAACUGGGGGACGAAGAGUGUCUGAUCAUUACAGGCUCUCAGCAGUUCAGCUGCUACUCUGGUUUUGGUGACACCUUUGAGUGGUUAGGCCCUUACGAAGACUGCCUGGAAAGGGAUGAGUGGCUUCGGAGGAAGAGGCAGAUCUUAGCCAUUGAUGCUUUGCACUUCAAAUACAUGCAAGAGCAGUACAGUAUGAGGAAGGUCGUACGGGAACUGAACAAAGCAUACUGUGGAUUUAAGGGACAUGGGCACAAUGAGCCAGACAUUGCUACAGGCAAGUGGGGCUGUGGAGCCUUCAACGGAGACCCACAACUCAAAGCUUUGAUCCAGCUGAUGGCAGCAGCAAAAGCCAAGAGAGGCCUGGCCUUCUUCACCUUUGACGAUGAAAACCUGAAGCACAGCCUGCAGCAGAUGUACCACCUGCUGGUCACUGAAGAAAUUACAGUUGGUAAACUGUACGGACUUCUGGAGGAGUACUGUGACGCUCAAUGCAGACCCAGUGCCUCAAAUGUCGAUCUGUUUGAGUUCAUCAGAUACACCCUCAGACGGUCCAAGAGUCUGCUGUAAACACAGAUUCACAUUCAUGUUGAUGUCUGAUUUUGCACAAAAAUAUAGCACUGAUGUUUUUGUCACAGAAAUGAAGGACCUACUUAAUCAUCUGCUUUUCUUUUUUUUUGUAAAGAUCAUUAUUAUUAUUAUUAUUAUUUUGCAUUUUGCCUUCAUUUGAUUGUUGACAGUGGACAGGAUGUGACAUGUAACAAAGGUCGCUGGAAUCAAACCGGGGAUGUUAAUUAAUGACACAGGUUCAGUUUUAGAAGCAGAGGGACAAAUAAUGGGAGAAGUUUUUUCAAAUUUUGGCUUCUGCUUUCAGAAUUUGAGAAAAUAAGCAAUGCAGUGUAAAUGGUUGAUUUAUUAAUGCGCCAAAAUUUGCUUAAAAUGACAUUUAAGUUCACUGACAGAGACGAAGCGCUGCAGUACUAAAACAUCUUAAAGCUCAGUCUUACCUUGAAACCUUUUGGAUUUAAGAGAGAUUCACAAAGAGUUUACCAGCUUCAAGUAGCUCUGACUGUAAGUCUGUGAGGAAUUCGAGGCAGUGCAGAAUCAGCUCAGUUCACCUUGUUGCACCUGUAUUUGGAAAAAAAUCCAACAAUUAAUAACUUUUAAAAAGAUGCAAAUGACUCAUCAACAGCAUAAAAGCUGCUGUGACUCCCCCUCAGUUUGUUCAACAGCUCAUUAAGUGGGAAGUAAAGACGUUGGAUUAUCCAGUAAAAUCAGUUUAAACUUACCACAUAAAAAUCUGAUGACAGAAGUAAUUUGUUUACAAAAACAGUAAAUUAACCAGUAGAACUAAAGAACAGUGUAACUGCAAAAUGAGUUGGAGUUUAAUAGUAGAGCACACCUGGCCUCAGGUGUAGUUCAUGCAGCUUACAACCCUCCAAUCAGCAUCUGUAACACACAAGAAAAAAACAACAGGGACACCUAGUGGCCAGGAGGACUGAACCAGCUGCAGCACAUCACUAACUGAGCAGGAAACUUACCGACUUCAUCUGCCUUCCCUCAGACGAAAAUACUUUGUGAAUUUCUCUCUCACCAAAGACUCUGGAGUCUUAAAGUUAGGAAGACAUCUUUAAAAUACGACCUGAGUCUGUAUUUACAGCUCUGUAUUUUUCUGCUUUAGCUCUGAAUGUUGUAUCAAAGCUGAGAGGUAAAUCUCGGGGCUAAACUCGCUGCUGCUCGUUAACCUUCCUGCUGUGAACUGUGAUAAUCGAAGUCAACCAACAUGAGUAUGUUAUUGUUUUUAUUGUGAGAGAUUAUAGUAAAACAGGAUUUAAAAGCGCCUCAGCAGAGAUACUGUCUGAGUUACACUACAGUGUUGAUUCACAGCCGUAAUAAUCACUGUCAGACAUGUUAUUGUAAGUGUAAGACUAUAUAUAUGAAAAUCAAAACGUCCGUUCAACAGGAAGUUUAACCUUUAUUUGCUGAAAACAAUAAAACAUGGAACACCAUAUGAAAAUAAAUACAUCCUUCAAAUCUGA